AUGGACGGCCACCACCACAUGCCGCCGCAUGGCCAUGACCCUUCUUCGUACCAACAAGGCUAUAACCCAGCCAAUCAGUUCGAUAACCUCAUCCCCGAUGGUGGAGAAAGUGAUGGGUUCCCCAACUGGGAGUUCAAUGCUGCCUCUCAUCUGCCAAACCAAAAUGUUCCCUCAAACACCUACUGGCAACAUGAUAAUGGUCUCGAUAAUUACACUCAAGCCUUUACAAAGAGUCCGACCAACCUUCAUACAACCGCAUACCCUGGCUACAGUAACCAUCACCAAUACGAAAAUCCACCCUUCGAUCCUUCGUUAGUGCCCGGUACUACAAACGGACCUGGGGCAUUUGGACUCGGUCAAUCUCCAUACGCUCAACCAAACCGACAGAUGCAACAUGGGACCAUUGCGCCACAAGCUCUGGAGCAAGAGAAUGCUCACAUUGUUCGCCCUGGUCAGACUUCUGACACUCAAUCAUAUUCCCGACCACAUACCACAGAUGCCACGAGCUACAACAAGGUCAUACCUUCCGCACCUACGGCAGAUCAGGCUGCUCUUCACAAAGCUAUCCCAACCGGCACUCGCACAGGCAACUUCCUUGUGAAAGAUGCCGCACACCUCAGACAAGCAACCAAUUCCACACCACUGAACAGCUUUAUCUCCGUUGGUGAUGUUGAGAUCGAGCUUCCUGUUAACAGAGCUACGGUCUCGGCUCCGCCGCGUAGACCUUCAAGAAAGGCUAUUCAAGCGGCCAACCCAGGACGACAGUUGAAGACGAAGAAGCCCAGUUCUGUAUCUGCAAGCAUGAGCGCAAACAGCCGUUCAUCACAGCCGAUAAAACCGGAACGCUCAGAGUCCGAGUCAGAUACGUCAGACUCGUAUUCUGAUGAUGAAUCUGAUGAGGAACCCGAUGUUUCUCCUCUCCCAUCAAAGCGGCCAGACGAUCCCCGCAAAGGUGUCGAGUAUGACACUAUCAAGGCUCUGUGGGAGAGCAGUCAUACCGGUGUAGCCGCUGACAGGAUCAGAACUGGCAUGGUCGAAUUCAAUGAAAUUUUGCAGACCAUAAAGAACCGAUGGAAGGCUGACUCUGUUGCGUUGACUGACGCUACUGACCGUAAGAAAAUCAGUGAAAUCCCACUUUUGCAGAGCAGAGUCAACGACCAACUUGAGAUGUUGAAGGCUGCUUUGCAGACUGCGAUCACUCACGGCAAUCGAGAUAUAAUGGCACAACUUGGCCAACACGCCCAGAUCAUGGCAUCCUUUGCGCAAUUUCUAAUCGAUCGUAUCAAGAGAGAAGACUACAACGGAGCUUUGACGGUUCUGAUCCUUGAGGUUCUUGUGCGCUGCGAUACUUUCCCCGCCAGAACAUACGACGCAACAAAGAUGCAAAAGUGUAUCAUCAGGCUUAGCAAAGACGGCAGCAAAGACACCCACGAUAUGUGCGACCGUAUCAAAGGCCACGUGGCAGGUAGCGCCGAGAGUCAAGCGAGCUCUGAACAGAAGUUGCGCAUCAAGUCACCACCGAGCGGCCGACCUACACCUGAGCCUGUCGCUGGUAUUAAGCGUAGUGCUCCUGGCAGUGCAUCUUCUGACCAGGCCUCGAAGAGAGUGCUCAUGACUUCCACAGCAGGCAGUGCUGCUGCAAAGGCGCCACUCAAGCGAGUUCUUCCUAUCGGUGUCAACAACAAGCCUGUCGUCUCUGCUGCGACUGUGAAGCCAACUCUGGGUGCUACUGUCAAGGCAAAGCCCACCAUCGCAAAGUCGAUUAUAUCGGCUGCGACAGGUGCAGGCGUCAAGAAGGCCGUCACCAAGGCUGCCACACCCUCAGUCGUGGCCGCUGCUAUCAAAUCAAUCGAGAGAAAAGCUGCUCCAGCGGCGCCUCCCAAACCCGCAUUCUCAUUUGCAGACACAAUGGCCAACCUUAGCAAAAGCAAGGAAAAGGCACCCAGUCCUACUAAGACGGAGGCGAAGCAGACGCCUGAGACCCCGGAGGAGAGGGCAAAGCGUCUACGUAAGGAGGAGAGACGUAAACUUCGUGUCACGUUCAAGCCUGACAGUCAACUUGUGGACGUUCGAAUCUUCCACCACGACGUUGACGAGGAACUUGGUCAUGAUGCAAGCAUGAUUCGUGAUGUGAGCGAUGUUGGUGGCGAAGGUCGCAUGUUCAAGCAGCAUAAGGAUAUGAUGGACAUCGACGAAGACGAUGAUAAUGCUGUGGGAGAAGAAACCUUCGGAGAAUACGUCUCGCCCAUGUUGACCGAUUUCAGCUCUGUAGAUGUUGAGGAGAGGAAGAGGAAUUACAGUCGCUAUGCUGGCGGCGAGCUCGAGCCAGAAUCUACUGAGCGCGUCGAGCGUGAACAAUACGAGGCUAGCACUUUGAUGGUGUUCUACACAGACCCGAGCGAUAUCCCACCCUGUCCACGCGAGCCAGCAGAGCCUUACAAUGGGGAUGAAACUAGCCCAAAGCCGUUCGGCGCAUUAGGCAACCAAGAGCCCCUUGCUACGAGAAUCGCAAAACUUGUAGGCUACGCACAGCCUGCACAGACCCAACAACCAAGUGCUGCACCCGAUAUCUCUGCGAUCUUGGCUUUGAUUAACCCUCAAGGUCAAGCUGCGCACCAGCCGGUACAGCCCACUCAAGCUCCAGCACCCGUAGCUGCCCCAACCCAGAAUCCGGAUCAGAUGGCCGAGAUCCAGCGCAUCUUAGCAUCUAUACCGCAGGUGCAACCUCAACAACAACAGCCCCAGCCUACUCAAGUUCAGCAACCAGUUCAACCACUUGUACAGCCUAAUAUGGCUGCGGACCUUGCCGGGAUUUUCGCCAACUUGAAUCCUCAUGCUCAGGCCAACAACAUGUUCGCUUCGCAGCAGCAGCCUGUCAUGGAUUCAAAUCCACCUGGUUUUGCAGCUUUGUUCUCGCAGCUCAACCCUGUCCAGAAUGGUGGACCGGUACCUAACUUUAACCAAUUCCCCUACCCUGGCGCUGGCUUUAAUAUGCCUAACAUGCCUAACAUGGGGCAGUUCCCAGGACCUCCGCAGAACCAGCAGCCCCCAUACGAGAAUGAGGAGAGACGUCGCUGGCGCGAAGGUGGUGGUGGUAGUAGCGGUAGCGGCAGUGGUGGUGACAGCAACAGCAACGAUCAAAUGCGCCGUGGUAACAAGCUCGGAAAGAAAGGAAACACGUUUACAGACAAGCGCUUCACAGUGCCCUGCAAGUACUUCAAGAAGGGCCAGUGCCAGAAAGGAGACUCUUGCACAUAUCGACACGAAUAUUGA